UUAAACUCGUGAGCACAAUACCCAGGUUGACAUUUUUUGCUUCUAGCUUCUCGCUUCUCACCCCUUUUCAUAUUUGCACUUUUUUGUUUUUUAUUGAAUUCGCAUUUUCUCAUACGCUAAUCUCAUCUGUUUUUAAAUCAUGGAAGACUCGGCCAGCAUAAGGGCGGCCUCUAUCAAACUUCGCAAGGAACUCAAAGAGCUUUCGAAUGCCUCCAACCCUGCAUUCUCAGUCGGCCUGGUGGACGAAGACAAUCUAUUCGAGUGGAACGUCACUCUGUUCGGGCCACCGGACACGCACUACGAAGGCGGGAUCUUCAAAGCAGUUAUGAAGUUCCCCAAGAACUACCCGUUCGAGCCACCCACGUUGCGCUUUACCUCUGAAAUGUGGCAUCCCAACGUGUACGACGACGGGCGUGUGUGCAUUUCGAUUUUGCAUCGGGCUGAGGUUGAUCUCAGCGGAUACGAGGAUCUGGGGGAGCGCUGGAGCCCCGCACAGACUGUUGAAACCAUACUUAUCAGCGUCAUUGCUAUGCUGAGCAGCCCGAACGAUGAGUCACCGGCAAAUAUUGAUGCUGCGAAGAUGUGGCGUGAAAACAAGCCUGCGUACAGAAGGAAGGUCCAGCGGUGUGUGGAGAGGUCGAUGGAGGAUUGGUGAAAGCUUUGAGAGAGAGAGAGAGGCAUAAGUGUGAAAUGCUUCUUAUUCAUUUUUUAGCGGUGGUCGUGUGGUUCCGAGUGCGAAUGAAACCACACAGCGGCCUCACUAUUCACUAUUCACUAUUCACUUUUCACUUUCCACUUUCCA